AUGGAAGUCCAGGGUCAAAUAUCAAGGCGCCCUCUUCCCAGCGCAUCAGCUUGUCGUGAUAAUGAUCAAAAUGGCUUAUGUAAUGCCUUAUUCGUUAAUAAUGAUCCUAAUGAUCUUGCCAACAAUGCGAAUCCGACCAAACCAUACAAGGUCCACGAGGAUUGUUUUAAAGCCACACAUUCGUCCAUUGCUACCAAAUUUUGCGCAUCAACUUGUGCUUUAUGUUGCAAAACACCUCAGUUCAGCGGCUGUCCCGAUAGUAAGUCGUUCUUUUCAAGUUUUUUUUCAAACGAAGGUGCAGAAUCUUAG